AUGGGGGCCCCGCUGGCCGCGGCGCUGGGCGCCCUCCACUACCUGGCACUUUUCCUGCAACUCGGCGGCGCCACGCGGCCCGCGGGCCAUGCGCCCUGGGACAACCACGUCUCCGGACACGCCCUCUUCACAGAGACGCCCCAUGACAUGACGGCGCGGACAGGGGAGGACGUGGAGAUGGCCUGCUCCUUCCGAGGUAGCGGCUCCCCGUCCUACUCUCUGGAAAUCCAGUGGUGGUACCUGCGCAGCCACCGGGACUGGACUGACAAGCAGACUUGGGCCUCCAACCAGCUAAAAGCUUCUCAGCAGGAGGACUCGGGGAAGGACGCCACCAAAAUAAGUGUGGUCAAGGUGGUGGGCAGCAACAUCUCCCACAAGCUUCGGCUGUCGCGGGUGAAGCCCACUGACGAAGGCACCUACGAGUGCCGCGUGAUCGACUUCAGCGACGGCAAGGCCCGGCACCACAAGGUCAAAGCCUACCUGCGGGUGCAGCCCGGGGAGAACUCGGUGCUGCAGCUGCCUGAUGCGCCCCCCGCCGCACCCGCGCCGCCGCCCAAGCCGGGCCGCGAGCUGCGCAAGCGCUCUCUGCCCGAGGCCUGCAGCCUGUAGCCCGCCCGCCCCGCAUGCAGUCCUCCCGGCCCUGCGGCGACGGCGGCAGAGGAGUCCCGCGUGUGCUUUGCUUGCUUAUCCCCGUCCCGGCUCCGCCUCGUGCACCCCGUCCUCGCGGCCACCCCCCUGGUGAGGAGCCGGGCCGGGGCCCCGCGCUCCUGUUCCUCCUCAUUCUACCUGGAACCGGCUCCGGGACCCCCAGGGAGGCGGAGCCCCACCAGCCCCACGCGGGAGGCUGCC